AUGAUGUCCGUGAAGAAGCCGCAAAGCUCUUAUCUCAUCUUUUGUAAUGAGCGGCGCAGAGACGUGAUGAAUGAGAAUCCUGGUGUUCGCAUCGGUGAGAUACAAAAAAUUAUUAGUGCAAAAUGGAACGAGUUGACGACAGAAGAGAAGGACGUGUAUGUGGAACUGGCAAACAAGGAUAAGGCUCGCUACAAGCAGGAAAUACUUGACCACCCACAGGUCGAUGAAGAGAUUAAUUUAAAGGAAAAGAUGGCACAGAACUCUAAUGCUUGCAUUUAUCCAUUGGGAAGAGUUCGAAAGAUUGUACAGAGCGAUCCGGAUAUCGGCAAGGUUUCGAAGGAUGCGCUUAUUGCAAUCGCCAAAGCCUCGGAGCUGUUUGCUCAAUUUUUAGGUACCAAGAGUUACGAGCAAGCUUUGUAUCGCAACAAACGACAGAUUAAAGCGUCGGAUGUAACGCGCACAAUACAAACCACUGCGUCGCUAGAUUGGCUGCGUGAAGACUUUCCAGAUUCCAAACAUACCAAGGUAGAUAUUGCAGCUGAGCGUAAAGCGAAGAAGGAAGAAGAAAUGAAAGAUAAGGCAUUGCCAGACAGCGCUUCCUUUUUUAAACCCAGAUCUGACAGUGGCAAGACGAAAAUGUGUAGCCAGUAA